AUGUCCAAAACAGCACCCCGCAACUUCUCCAGCGCAAGUGCCUCGGGCCCCAACUCUAAGAAGGGGCCACGCUCCAGCGCUGGGAGCAUGUUUGGGGGAGCUGGAGGAACAGGCUCCCGUGCCUCUGUGUCCACUCUUCGAGGUCUUGAGAACGCGCUACGCCCGAAUAAUCAGCCGAGCAACACUGCUUCUACCCCCGGGCCAGGGGCCAAAGAAAGCAUGAAGGGGCUGAACGAGCGUCUGGACAAGUAUCUGUCCAGAGUGAGAAUGCUGGAGAAUUCCAACAAAGAUCUGGAAGACCAAAUUAAAGAGAUCUUGUUGAAGAGAGGAAUCACAAAUGAACGAGACUGGGACGCCCUGGAGAAGCCGCUGGCAGACCUCAGGAAACAGGUGCGAGAUAUGACUAUGGAAAAUGCCCGUCUCCUGUUGCGGGUUGACAACGCCAGGCUGGCCUCUGACGACUUCAAAGUCAAGGCUGAUGCUGAAGAGGCCAUGCGGCAGGGUGUAGAGAGAGACGUUUCUGGCUUGCGCAAAAUCAUCGACGACGCGACCAUUAGCCGCCUGCAGGUGGACAGCCAGAUCGAGUCUAUGAGAGAGGAGAUUGCAUAUCUGAAAAAGAUCCAUGAGGAGGAAGUUACUGAGCUUCGCGAAUUGAUCAGGGAAUCCAAAGUCACGGUGGAAAUGGAUUCGCCCAAGGGGAAUGAUCUGAGCGACACCAUCGCCAAGAUCCGUCAGCAGUAUGAAAAAGUGGCGGAGAAGAAUCGCGAGGAGACCGAAGCCUGGUAUCAGGGCAAGUUUGACAACGUGAAGGCUGGCGUUAUUGAGAACACAGAGGCCCUGCAGAAGGAGAAGUCUCUGCUAAACGAACUGCGGAGGCAGAGACAGGCUCUGGAGAUCGACCUGCAGGCCAUCUACGCCAUGAUUAAUUCCCUGGAGAGGACGUUGGCCGAGGUGAAGAACCGCAACGGGCUGCUGAUGAGCCAGCUGAACGAGAGGCUUCUGAGACUGGAGGGGGAGCUGGGCCAAGUGCGAGCGCAGAUCGAGCGGCAGACAGCGGACUACCAGGCCCUGCUGAACAUGAAGAUGAAGCUGGAGGCUGAGAUUGCCAAGUACAGGCAUCUUCUGGAGGGCCUCCCCAAUGUCGACGACAGACCCAGUCCUGAGACGGUGAAUGGAAAAUGA